UACUUCACCCUCGUCGGAAUCCUAUUUGUGUUGGAGAUUGCUGGCGGAGUGUACCUCGUCAUCAACAAGGACAAUAUCCGAAACAACCUGGCAAAUGUGUGGCGAACGGAGCUGGUCGCCAACUAUCAAUCCAACAGUGUUAUUCGAGAUACGCUCGAUAAUAUUCAAAGACAGAUGAGCUGCUGUGGAGCUACGGGAUGCUCCGAUUACCAAUCGAUUCCACAAUCGUGCACUACUUGCUUUUCCGGCAAUAAUUAUGCGGUGCGAGGCUGCGCCUACGCCCUUUUCGAUACCUUCACGUCGAAUAUGGUCAUCGUUCUCGUUAUUGCCAUUGCGAUUUUGGUUGUGGAGUUCAUCGCCCUCGUCUUUGCCUGUUGCACGUGCUGCGCGGUCAAGAGCAAGCGGAACACGAUU